AUGACYGAAAAAAUACCAAUAACGAACUAUCAAAGGACAAAUGCCAAACCUUUACUGAAAUUGACUGAAAAACUUUUUAGAAGAAACAUUUUCGAUCUCUAUUUGACUGCCCAACAAUUGGUUGUUCUCGGAUAUUUAUUGGCAAUUCCAAGUGAAGAAGACAAACUCAAAGCAUGGGAUUAUUUCAUGAAAGGAAACAUAACGUUAAACGUCGAAAAAUCGUUCCCAUCGACUCAGGAAAAGGAACAGGGUAGUAUAAUAUCCUCCACUGGUGAUGCUCAACCUGACAAUGUAUCGUCGGAAACAGUAGAGAUAACUACAGAAAAUCACAACAAUAAUAAUAAUGAUACUAAUAAUAAUAAUGAUAAUAGUAAUAGCAAUAGCGAAAGUCAAUGCGAAGAUAAAGGCCCUGAACCCAACACAAACGAUGAAGAUAAUGUCAAUAAUGAUGUUGAAGAAGACUUAUUUAAGCUGGAUUUAGAAGACUUGAAACAGCAAAUAAGUGGUCCAAAGUUUAUCGGAAAUCUGUCUUUGAAAAUCAGGUAUGUCUUAUGGCAAUGUGCUAUAGAUUAUAUGUAUAGUGACCAUAACGAAUUUGAUGAUGGUGAUGAAAUGGAAUAUGCCCUACUAGAUGUUGAAAAGGAAGAGGAAGAGGAAGAGAAAGAGAAAGAGAAAGAUGAUGAAACGGAAGCACCGCAAAACCAAGAAAAUAUCCCUAAGUUUACCGAAGAUGAAAAUUAUGACGACGAAGAUGAUAACUAUGAGGAAGACACCACAUUUGAAAAGAAAGACGAUUUUAUAGAAAAUGGCAAUGGUAUUCCCUCUUCUAAUAUUGAAAUUGAUGAUGAACGACGCCUGUUGUUGAACAUUUCUAUAUCAAAGGAAACAUUAUCGAAGUUGAAAACUAGUAACGUUGAAGGGAUUAUGGGAAACUGGAACAAAAUUUACCACAGUCUUGAAUACGAUAAAGAAACUAUGAUAAAGCGCUUAAGGCUGGAGGAAAGUGAUAAAAUGAUAGAGAAAGGAAAGAGGAAAAGAAGUCGAAGCGAUUUGGAAAUAGCUUCCGAUGAAGAAAACAAUAAAAAUAUAGACAGUAAGCCAGAAACAAACGAUAUACUGUCUGCAAUUGAAGGCGAGACAUUUAGUGACACUGGGAAUAAACGUCCCAAACAGAAUAAGUUAGAUUUAACAGUCAAUCUAGGGAUCGAGAAUUUAUCAUUAAAGCACCUUCUGUCUUCAGUUCAAGAAAACAAAUCUCGCUUAGGUAUAUCAGAUUACGAACUGAAACACCUUAUUAUGGAUGUUAGAAAAAAUCGAUCGAAAUGGACAUCAGAUGAAAGAAUUGGCCAAGAAGAAUUAUAUGAAGCCUGCGAAAAGGUUGUAUUAGAACUAAGAAACUUUACUGAGCACUCAACACCAUUUCUAAAUAAAGUGAGCAAAAGGGAAGCCCCAAAUUAUCACCAGAUUAUAAAAAAGUCCAUGGAUCUCAAUACAGUUUUGAAAAAAUUGAAAAGCUUUCAGUAUGACUCCAAACAAGCAUUUGUUGACGAUGUUAUGCUAAUAUGGAAAAAUUGCCUAACCUAUAACUCGGACCCUUCACACUUUUUGAGGGGGCAUGCUAUUGCUAUGCAAAAGAAAUCUCUUCAAUUGAUCCCUAUGAUUCCAAAUAUCACAAUCCGUAACAGAGCAGACCUAGAGAAAGAAAUCGAAGACAUGGAAAAGGACAAAGACUACGAAGUGGAUGAAGAGGAAGAAGUUGCCGGUUCUGGGAGAAAAGGACUGAAUAUGGGUGCUCAUAUGUUAGCAAAGGAGAAUGACAAAGGUUCCAAAAGGGGUACCUCUAAAACCACCGAGAAGGAAACUUCAACUGAUAUUGACAAAGCAACUUCAACAAUUCUUGAGGGGGGAGAAGACGAACUGGACUCUCCAAAAGAAGAAAAGGAAGAUGACCAAACCGCUUCACCCAAUGUAACUUUUAGUGAAACUGGCGGAAAAAAAGAACUCAGGGAAAAUGAGAAAUAUGACGAACAUCAAAGUGUUGAAGAAAGUAAAAAAGCUGAGGGAUGCGAAAAGGAGAACGAAAACGGACGAGAUGGGGAAGUUUCCAAAAAUGACACAGAAAACAAGCGACAAAGUAAAGUCGACGAGGGAAAUGAAGUAAGAGAAGAGAAUGAUGGAGAAGGAGAAAAAGUAAAUGAGAAUGAAGAAGAAGAGGAAGAGGAAGAAGAAGAAGAAGAAGAAGAAGAAGAAGAAGAAGAAGAAGAGGAGGAUGAGGAGGAUAUGGCCGACUCUCAAUCCUAUUUACUUGAAAAAGACGAUGAUAAGGACGACUUGGAGAUUUCUGUUUGGAAAACUGUGACUGCUAAAGUUCGUGCUGAGAUCUGCUUGAAAAGAGCGAGUUAUUUUAAAAAUGGAAAGUUAAAUAUCGAUUCGGAAGCAUACCUGAAAAACCCACAAAGAAUGAAAAUGUUCGAUCAGUUGUUCUCAGAAUAUAAGGAACAGAAAGCUCUGGAAUCAUAUCGUCAGAAAAUGGAGCAAGAUUCAAUCAUGAAAAACGGUUUCGGGACAGUUUUGAAGCAGGAGGACGACGAUCAACUGCAAUUUCAUAAUGAUCAUCCCUUGAAUGGGAAUGAGGGUUUUGAAAAACAACCCAAUGAUAUUGAAUUGGACGACACCAGAUUUUUGCAAGAGUAUGACAUCAGUAACGCUAUUCCUGACAUAUUGUAUGAAGGAGUGAACACGAAGACACUGGACAAAAUGGAAGAUAUUUCUGUAGAACGCAUGCUUCAAAACGGGAUGACCAGGCAAAGCCUGUUUUUAGCUAACAAGGAUUUGGGUCUUACACCUCAAAUGAACCAAAACAUCACACUCGUACAACAGAUUAGACACAUUUGUCACAAGAUAUCUUUGAUUAGAAUGCUACAAAGUCCGUUGUCAGCCCAAAGCUCUAGAAACAACCCUAACGCCUUUCUUAACAGCCACAUCUAUAACUACACCGUUAUUGAUGAUUCACUUGACAUUGACCCAGUAUCGCAACUUCCAACUCAUGAUUACAAGAACAACAGGGAACUUAUAUGGAAAUUCAUGCAUAAGAACAUAUCUAAGGUAGCUAUGGCAAAUGGAUUUGAAACUGCUCACUCUUCCGCAAUAAAUAUGCUUACCGAAGUUGCAGGGGAUUACUUAUCCAAUUUGAUCAAGACCUUAAAACUACAUCAUGAAACCAAUUCUUUAAAUAGAGGUACAAACGUAGAAAUGUUACAAACAACACUACUGGAGAAUGGGAUCAAUAGACCAGAUGACUUGUAUUCCUAUGUCGAAUCGGAGUUUGGCAAAAAGACAAAGAAGCUUCAAGACAUUAAGCACAAGCUAGAGAACUUUUUAAGGGCCUUACUAAGGCCAACUCUACAAGAACUAUCUGAGAGAAAUUUUGAAGAUGAGAGCCAAAGUUUCUUUACUGGUGAUUUUGCAAGUGAACUAACUGGAGAAGAUUUCUUUGGUUUCAAAGAACUUGGUCUAGAAAAGGAGUUUGGCGUUUUGAGUUCGUCUGUUCCAUUGCAACUGCUGACCACCCAAUUCCAAACUGUCGAUGGGGAAACUAAAGUGCAGGAUAAGAAAAUCCAACCUGAAGAAUCUGACAGCAUCACGUAUAGCAAGAUUACAAAAGGCCUGCUUGAUGCGGGUUCGUUCUGGAACACUUUACUUCCACUGCUAAGGAAAGAUUAUGAGCGCUCCAAAGCAUAUAUAGCAAAACAGAGCAAAUCCUCAGCAACAAACGAUAGAAUUCUACCUACUUCAACUGAGGACAAUUCCUUUGCUCUCUUAGAAGAAGACCAAUUUAUUUCGAAGAAAUCCGCAUCAAAAGCAAGAUUACCUCCUACUGGUAAAAUAAGUACUGCGUACAAGAAGAAACCAAUUUCAAAUGCCUUCAUACUUCCAGAAGAAGACCCAGAGAAGAGCGAAAAAGGUGAUCCAAAUACAACUAUACAUUCUACAGUGCAUACAGAAAAUGAAAUGGGAUCUUCCCUAUUUUUGGAAACACCUCAACCACUGGAUUCUUUGAACAUGGACGACCCCUUUAAUGAUUCAAACGUGGGCACCAAUAGUUCCUUUAGUUUGAGCCUUCCCCGUUUAAAUCAGUAA